AUGUUUAUUAAGAUCGCCGUGUUAGAAAAGUUCAAAAUCGAAUUUUUAUUAAAAGACAAAGUUCCCGCUCAAACUAAAGUUGUUGUUGCCAUGUCAGGAGGAGUUGAUAGCUCUGUUGCUGCAGCCUUACUACACAACCUCGGAUAUCAAGUAAUAGGUGUAACUCUUCAACUAUAUAGUGGUAGCAGCGCGAAAAAAGGUGCAUGCUGUGCUGGUCAAGAUAUUUAUGAUGCUAAGCGUGUAGCCGAAAGUGUCCAGUUUCCUCAUUAUAUCUUGAAUUACGAAGAAGUAUUUAAAAAGGAGGUAAUAGAAGACUUUGUGAAUGCUUAUAUGCAUGGAGAAACUCCUAUACCUUGUGUAAGAUGUAAUCAAACGGUAAAAUUCCGUGAUUUAUUGCAAGUAACAAAAAAUCUUGGUGCAGACGUGUUAGUAACUGGGCACUACGCGAGAAGAUUAGAAGAAAAUGGUAAAGUCAGAUUGUGUACAGGUAUUGAUAAAAGCAAGGAUCAAAGUUAUUUUCUAUUUUCAAUCACUUCGGAGCAAUUAAAAUUUCUUCGAUUUCCCCUAGGAGAAUUCUAUAAAAGCAGCGUGAGAGAGCUUGCAAAAUAUUUUGACUUAAAAAUCGCUGAGAAACCGGACAGUCAAGAUAUAUGUUUUGUUUCUGAAAAUUAUAGUAAAACAAUAACUAAGAUAGCUCCACAAUCUGUGCGCAAAGGUAAAAUAGUGAAUAUGAAUGGAGAAAUUUUGGGAGAACACAAUGGCAUUAUAAAUUUUACUGUUGGACAAAGAAAAGGCCUUGGUAUUACCCACGGCGAACCUCUUUAUGUAGUAAAAAUCAAAGCAAAAGAUAAUGAAGUAGUGGUUGGCCCCAUAAACAUGUUAAUGCAAAAAAAAUUUUUUAUAAAAGAGCUGAAUUGGCUGGAAAAGCCACAAGAAAGCCAAGAAGUAACUGUAAAACUAAGAUCAUCACAUACAGGAAGUCUAGCAACUAUAUAUUCCACUGAGAAAAAAAAUAAAGCCUGUGUUAUCUUAAGCAAUGACUAUUUUGGAAUUAGUCCAGGCCAAGCUUGUGUAGUAUAUAAAGGUGAGCAAGUCAUUGGCGGUGGAUGGAUAUUAGAUAAUUAA